UCUUCCGUGGCCGUGCUCUGCUGACUGCUGUGGCCUGUGCGUGGUUCUAUCUUAUCCAGUGAAGUGAGCUAGUGAAGAGGGGGUAUGGGAGUAUGGGAGUCCUUCCAGCCAUCAUCCUUUCAAGUCAAUUGCUACUCGUAGGAAGGAGACCAGAUUUAGCAGGGCAGACGAGAGCAGACCGUUGCGCAGGCAUAGGGCGUCAGACAUGCAUGCAGAUCUAUUCUAGUAGCGAUCUAGAACAACUUUUAACUGUGCGAGUAGAUCGAACGAGACGACACGACACUAGAGAUGGCAGCCAAAUCGGGAAUCCCCCCCGCUCUCUCCUCCGUCCCUCCCACUUGAGCUGAGCUGAGCAGCAGCUGGAGCUGAGAGCCUGAGACUGCUGAGAGCUCACUCCCCACCACAAACAACAGACGGAUCCCAUCCCAUCCCGUCCCAAACAAAAGAAAAAGAAAGAAAGGAAGAGAGAAAGAAAGAAAGAGAGAAAUCGAUCCAUCGUCUACUCUAGUAGCAUGAGAUGGGAUGAGAUGAAAUAAAAUACUGACAAGGAAGGAAGAGCACUUCCAUCCGUUCCAGCUCCAGCUUUUCCAUCUCAUCUCACCUUUUGGUUUUGGCCGGCAAGGGAAGGACCCCCCCCCCCCCCAACCCCGCCCCUCCCCGCCUGCUGCAUCGCAUCUAUGGACUCCGCCGCGCGCCCCGACGAGGAGGAGGCGCGCCGCCGCCGGAGCACCGACUGCAUCUACUUCCUCGCGUCCCCGUUGACCUGCAAGAAGGGAAGUGAAUGCGAGUUUCGCCAUAGUGACGCUGCCAGGAUGAAUCCCAGGGACUGUUGGUAUUGGUUCAAUGGCAACUGCGCCAAUCCUAAAUGCUCAUUUAGGCACCCGCCGUUGGACAACCUGCUCGGAGCACCAACAACUCCACGGGCUCCUCAACAGCCUGCCCCGCAAGUUUCUGUUCCAGCUCAAGCCCAUGGAUCUGUUCUUGCCAAGCAGGGUGUUCCGUGCUAUUACUUUCAGAAAGGCAUGUGCGCAAAAGGGGACAGGUGUGCCUUCUCGCACGGCCCACAGCCUGCUGGGACUCCACAGCCACCACCGGCUGCCAAGAUCUUUACUCCUGCUUUGCAGCCUAAUUCUCAAUUGAAGAACUCGUGGACAAAACCCAACUCUUCAGGCCAACAGAAUAUGCCUGCAGGCAUACAGGACAAGUCAAAGCUCAGCAUUCAUGAUGCUAAACCAGUCCAGAAGCAACAUGUGACGAGUAGGGUUGACCACUCGUCAAGAACUUAUCAGAAUCACAGUAAUUCGUACGCGCAAUCUGGUACAACAAAGCAACCUCAGCCUUCGGUCCAGGAUGGCUUAUCUGAGAAUGGUAUGGAGGCAGGUGAAUUUUUGAGGGAACCUUCCGCUGGUUCUGGUGUUCUUGUUGCUGGUGUCAAUGAUGACUCUGAACAGUCAUUUAAGGGAAACCGUAACAGCUAUCACCAUCAUACUGAAAGGUCAUACAGAAGUUCAGCUGAGAGAUUGUCGUCAGACAAAAGGAUCUCGGAGCGAGAACCUAUGCCUGCUGUGAUUGCCGGCAGUUCAGAUUUGCGCCACAGGUUGCUGAAGCAAAGAAGGCUCAAUAAUAAUUUAAGAUCGACUGAGGCCCCUGAUAUGAAUGACGCGUGUCUUGAGGGUGAACGCAAUGACCAACAUCGCUGGAGAGGUGAAGAGCAUGAUCGCCCCCUCCCUCGACCUCGAUUGCGUGAUAGAAUAAGACUGCCUGGUGCGACAUCCUUUGACAGACAUGGAUCAUGCUCAGAGGAGUGGGAUAGAGGACCUAGAGGCAGGCUGUCACCACCAAAACACUCGGACCUUCGAGGGAAGCUUCAUGAAAGGUUAAAGGUCAGAUCAGCUGAGGAGAUACCGGUUAAUAGUGUUAAGAGCUCGGUGGCGAAGGCAAGCAAUGGUGAGGAUGCUGAAUCAUUGAACUUUGCUGGUCCAAAGAGCCUUGCUGAGUUGAAAGCAAAGAAGGGUGGUGGCAGCUCAUCACGGGAAGAGGCCAUCGUCAAGGGUGUGGGCUUAUCUCGUGUGACUUCAGGAAUAAUUUCGAGCAGGGAGCCUGCUCCAUUUGAAGGUCCAAAGCCACUAAGUGCCAUACUGAAGAGAAAAAGAGAGGUGGCCAGUGAGGACGCUGUUGCUCAUUUUGGCAGCAUACAGGAAGAGGAUAAUGCGGCAGGAGUAGAUGAAGAAUCCCAGAUCUUAGCGGAUGACAUGGUUGAGGAGAACAUGGAGGGAAAUACAGCAGCAGAAGAAGGGGAAGAGGAAGCCUUCCAUCCUGAAGAUGAUGUGGCGUAUGACGACAAUGCUGAUGAAGCUACAGGUCAAGAGCUGGAGGAGCAUCAAGAUGUAGAGAUAGCAGGGGAAGACUAUGACUACGAGGCGGCUGACACCAACGCUGAUGCAGGUCAAGAGCUGGAGGAGCAUCAGGAUGUAGAGGCAGCAGCCGAAGACUAUGACUAUGAGGCGGCUGAUGUCAAUGCCGAGGAGGAUAAUGAGUACCAGGAGUACCAGGACGAUGACGACGAUUUGGAGGAUGACGACGACUUUGCACGGAAAGUGGGCGUGAUGAUCUCCUGAGCGGGGCAAGUUGUUGUCUGAGACCCAAGAAGAAAGAAGUUAGUGGCGGGAGGGAGAUACUUUUAGUUCACUGCGCAGAAGAUGUUUAAUACAGUUUGGGGAACAGAGAUAGAAGAAUGGAAGCGAAAAUCAGCUCAUGUAUCGGAGAGCACGCUUCUUGCAGAAACCAAACCAAGCAGCAGUAGUGACCGACCCGUCUGUCUGCCUGUCUGUACUCAAGCAAAUGUUCCUACAAUCGCCGUGUUGUACUCCAUCUUGUAUUAUUAGUUGACAGAGACCUAACAGAUACAUCAUACUCUACUUGUAUUUGUUCUUUGGUGCAGAAGAUGGAAAAAAAGAUUACUGGUACAACAUA